AUUUUCGGUAUAUUAACAGGACUGAAUGCGCCAAUCCUCAGUAACCUUACUAUACUGCGGUAGUACACUCAGGUUGCAUAUUGCCAAACGCAAAGAUUUAUUACAGUAGAUGCAUAUAGCCUAGACCGUAGGCCUUAGGACUAUAAAAGGACUAAACCUAGGUGAUCUAGGUACACAGUCGUCUUGCUCCGACGGAUUAACACACAAUCAAGAAACCCACAACUCAGCAAAAUGUUUAAACUGACGGUAUUAUUCGCUCUCAUCGCGAUCGCGCACGCUGGAGUCAUCGCGCCCAUAGUCCCAGCUCACCCAGUGGUAGCGCACCGUGUGGUGGCCCCCGUCCACACCGUGUCCCACAGCGCGGUGAUCCACCCAGCCCCCAUCGUGCACGCGCCCGUCGUGCACGCAGCCCCCAUCGUGCACGCGCCCGUCGUGCACGCGGCACCCAUCGUGCCCGUGGUCAAGCACGCCCCACUCAUAGCAGUGCAUCAUUAGAUAAAUAUCCUUAUUUAUUUGGAG